CUCAUAUGGAACGGUUUAUAAACCUCCUUCGUUUUGUCUUUCCAGUUCAUUGACCUCAUCUGAACACUCUCUACCAUCAACAUGUACAGCCGACCUCCCUUCCAUUGGCAUUCGUGGUAUCAUCAUCACCGCGAUGCUCAUCGUCCUUCUCGUCUGCUAUGGUUUCUCCUCGGUGCAGGCACAGCGACAUUUGUCAUCUUCCGCAAAGAGGCGCAUCGGAACAGUGAAGCAAAUUGGGGACAUUGCCGAAAAGUACCAGUACAAGCCCCGCCACAGAUGCAAGCCAACCUCGAGCGUGAACGAUCCAUAGAACCUUUCCAGAUUCCUGUACCACAGCAUGUCCAGCCCCGAAUCCCUAUCGAUCACACCUUACCACCAUCGUCCACCUCGACGCAGACACAGACAGCCUCACCAGCGGGUCACUCAUACCCAUUCCAAUGGGGUUUUCAAAGUUUCGAGCAGCAGAGAGCUCAGUGGGAACAGGACAGAGAACGGUUGCUGAAGAAGGCUCACGAGGCGAUGUCAGACAUGUCCGAGACCACUCUAGAAUCUCUUUCUGGGACCAUCGAAACUCUCCGAGCCAAACUAGCAGAUCAUCGUGCUCAACGCGAGAAGCAGCAGAAGCAGCUCGAACAGGAAUUAGAGGAAAAGAAGAAAAACUCACCUCGAUGGGUGUAAACUGCCACUCCCCAACUCCUUCCAAGAUCGGACCUUCAUGGAGGGUCUGGUUAAAUAUCGAUACCUGGCCGACUCCAUCGUUCUGUCGAGCUGAAACUUGGCUUCCUAAAGGUGAUCAGACAGUUUGUUCUGGUUGUGCCGCCAACAACUUCACGACGGCAAAGGCAAGAGAAAGAGACAGAAAUCGAAAGAAAUGGUGCUGGUAUUAAAUUGGACUUCACGCUUCUUCUCAUUUACAUAUCCAACAAUUCAACUGUAACUGUAUUUAUCUCAACCUCUAUCCUUAUUAUCAAACCGCUAUCAUUCGUUUGGGUCAUCAAGAUGCUUAUCGCAUCUAAUCAACAAGCUUAUGACCCG